AGUGUUUAUCGUGUAUUGAAUUAAAUAUGUUUCGUAUAUUAUUUAUAUUAAUAUUAUUUUGGAUACUAUGGGGAAAUGUUCCUGCCUUUGAGGUGCGCUUCCAGGAAAGCUAUCCCAGUUAUCGGCUGGGUUCGAAUCUGGACGCGGAAUCAAUGAGACUGCACAAACGUGACAUGCAGCAAUUUUUCGACAAAGCCAGCUACAGUUUUAAUGGCCUAGUGCGUGUGGCUUCUGUGCCUGUUCCCUUUCCAUUGGAUAUUUGCAUGCUGCAGCUGCCCACGGUGAAGUAUGCAACAGCGUUGCACAAAGAUGCGGCAGGUGUGCGCCACUUUGCCGUCUACGUGUGGCGUGCCACAGAGCAGGACUAUAUUCUGUUGCAUCAACAAGCAGCGCCCAAGGCUGUGGCAUUGGACUGCCUGGCAUAUGCUGGACUCGGCUAUGUGGCACUUAGCUAUAAUCAAACAGAGCCUGUGGAACAGGCAAGCGAGGGCUCGCCCAUUUACGAGCUGUCGCCUGAUCGGAGUAUGCGCACGGUGCAGUAUUUUGCCGAGCAGCGAUUGCGUGGCAUGUACCUGAGGAUUAGCAGUCAGGAGUUGACGCUGCUGCAGGCAUAUGAAGGUGGCGCCAAGAAGCAACAACGUUGUCCCUACUUCAAGUGGACGGGAGGCACCUUCCAACGCCUCGGCUCCAUUCCCUGCAGCAAUGCGCGACGCCUGGAGGCAUUUGGCAUCGAUUACGCAGACUACGUGGCGGUGGCCAACUAUGCGAGUGCCGAUGGACGCACCUCCACGCACUCCGAGAUCUACAAAUACGAUGCCACCGCCCGUCGCUUUGAGCUUUUUCAACGACUGCGCUCCAACGGCGCCGUCGAUGUCAAGUAUUUCAGUCUCCCGGUGAAUGAAGUGAGUCGACGACACUUUCUCAUUCUCGGCAAUACAGUUUCCAGUGGUGCUGUUGGUGGUGCAACCACUCAAGAGGCGGAUACUGUGAUCUAUGUCUACGAUAAGGGACAGUUUGUGCCCUACCAGCGAUUGAGCUUCUUUGCAUUGGAACGCUUUCUGCCCGUGACUCAUGUAAUUUCGGAAAAGUUUCUGCUUUUUGUGGCCUGCAAUAAGCAGGAUGUGAAAAUUUAUAAUCUCAACGAUUGGAAAUUCGAGGAAUCAACGGUGCAGUUCACAGAGGGCGCAUUCAGCAGAGGCGUGGCACGCAUGCGCAGUUACGAGGAGAAUGAACAAAGCUAUUUAGUUAUAGCCAAUGAAAAUAUGGCCGCCAAUGAGACAAACAUUUUCCAGCCUCUGUACAAACAGGAUGAACACGCUAAUAUCCUUCGGCAACAAAUCAUUGACUGGGCACGUGAGCAAACGAAAAGAUUGGAGCAAGUGAAUGUGGAGCACUUAAUGCAGGCCCUACAGCAAAAGCUCAAAGAACGAAAACAGAGAGUACAACAAAUACAUGUCAAGCGUGUGAAUACAAAAUCCUUUGUCGAUGUGAAUCAACGUCUGACCACAAAUUAUUGGGAUGCAUUGCAAUAUGCGAAACGGGCUCUCGAUAUACUCCAACAUGAUGCAAGUGUGGCGCAACGUCAACCGGUUAAGCGAGCAUCGGGAAGACAGCCCAGGGAACAGCAUGAAUUCGAUGAGAUUACAGUGGGCACUCUGGUAGUGAACGAGAAACUAAAAGCGACCCGUAUCAAUGGAGUCAACCUAGAGCAGCCCGUUUACGAGUCGGUUAAUGCCAGUAAGGUGUUCGUUAGCGAGGAGUACAAGGAAGCAUCUGCAGGAGAAAAGCAAUUGCCCGUUAUGGAGCAGCUCAACUUGCAGGAUCUGCAAUUGGAAGGCAACCUCAAUGGCCUCAACUGGACACAGUUGUUGGAGCAGACACUCAAGCGUCGCGGUAGCCAAGUACAGUUUAUCAAAGCUCCUGUAGACAUAAGCAAUUUAAAGGCGGAGGCGAUCCUGGUCAACAGCAAUGAGAUCAACGAUCGGCCACUUGGUCAGCUCAUAUCCAUCGAUGGUGGCGAUUUUAUUGUACAACAGGAUGUACAAUUUGCGCAGCCUAUUGAAGUGAAUAAGCUGCUGAUCAAUCAGCGCCUCAAUCACAUACAUGUGAAUCGCCAGAGAUUCGAUGUAUUGCUCCAUCAGGCGAAUCACACACAGAUCAUCGAAGGAGCCAAGCGCUUUGAGAACAUACGCGUCUUGGAACCCAUAACAAUUGCGGGUCAAAUGCUUGGAGCUGAAUUACACGCCAUGUCGCCCAUGAAGGUGACGCAUCAGUCUGUGGAGCUGCAGGGCGACUAUGUGAUUAAUGGAGAUGUAACCAUUGGGCAGCUGUUGCAAGUUGAGGAUUAUCUUGAGGCAAACACACAGAGAUCAGCAGCAAAGACAUUGCAACAGGCAUUGCGGAUUGACCAACAACUGGAGGAUGUGAAUCUGCGAUUUGAGCAACCGUUGAAUGUUCACGAUACUCAGCUGAGUUUCAUCAAUGCAGAGGAUUUGCAGCAGUUGGUGCAGCUGAAUGUGGAUGAGGUGCAAGUGGUUGAGGGCGCCAAGUUGCUGCCACAGAGUCUAACAAUACGCAACGGCUUUGGUGAGGUUAACAUAUUGAACGAUAUUCAUGUGGAUCAAUUGUCACAUCAGCUGCUGCUGAAAAGUUCCAAUCAAAGCCUCAAAUUUCCCGUAAAACUGCUUGCCUUGGAGGUGCCACAAUUGAAUGCCACACAGCUACAGCUGAAUCAACUAAAACUGGAGGAUUACAUGCGUCACAGUGGCGAACAACGCUGCACUGGCAAUCUGUAUGUGGAUCACCUGCAGGCAGACCAGGUGCAAGUGGAGCAGCUGCACCUGCAUGGCACACUCUUUAAGCACACGCUCAGUGAGCUCAAAGAACAGGGAGCACAACGAUUGCGCAGCUGGCAGCUUCCAGCCAACUUCAGUGGCACCAUCCAUGCCCGCAAUGUGUGGCUCAAGGGUUACAUAAACAAUGCCAGUGUGGAACAGGUGGAGCAGCAGUUGCAGCAACUGGCGGGCAACAUUAAAUACGUGGGUGACUUCACCUUUCGCCACGCAGUCAACAUUAGCAAUCUGAGCUUUAGUGGCUCUUUGAAUGGCAUCCAAGCUCAAAGAUUUGGUCAAUAUUGGUUAGAGAACGACGGUGAACAGCAGUUUACGGCAAUGCAAACGCUGGCAGCUGUGGCAAGUGAUCAAGAUGUGGUGCUCCAAGGACGACUGAACAACUACACAUUGGAGCAGCUGGUCAGCGACAGCUACAGGUUGAAUUCCUCCGAGCAGCUGCAAGCGGUCAAAUUUGUAAAUCCAAUAGUGCUUCAGCAAUCCAUCCAAGUGGGUCAAGUGAACGGAUUGCGUGUGCCGGAGGAUAUGCUCUAUGUCCAAGGUGGCAACUGGCUGCAAGCGCCUCUCCAGCUUACUGGCCAGCUUCUUGCCCCGCUGUGCAAUGUGAGCAGCCUGAAUGGAUUUCAUCUCGAUUCACUGGCCCAUUAUCUGAGUGGCAAUGCACCCUUGGACACUUUGCACCUGGAGCAGGCACAGUUUGGCAAGUCGCCCAGCUAUGAGACUCUCAAUGGUCACUUAUUGCCACAACUGCUGGAUGAUCUUUGGCUGGACAACGAACAUGUGGAACUAAAAGGCGUACAAUUGGCAAAUUGCAGCUUUGCGGGUUUGCUCGAGUUUGAGGGCACUGUGAAUGGUCUGCAUUUGGAGCAUAUCGAGCAAAAUUAUUUUAGCCGAACGCGCAGUCAGCGCCUUAAUGUGCCGUUAAGUUUCGAGCAUGACGUCACUUUUGCACAACAGUUAACGGCAACACAGGUACAGCUACGUAUCAAAGAUGGCGCACUUGUUGAGGGCAUAGGCAACGUCUCGCUAAGUUUUGAUGAUUUUGUAUCAAACACAUUGAAAACUGCCGGCUCACACACCAUCACAGGAAAAUGGAUCAUACCGGAGGCACAUGUGGCGGGAGAUUUGAACAAUGUUAUAAUAAAUCAAUUAAAUUUAGUUGAUGACAUACUUCGUAAUGACACCAAAGAGAUUACUUUAAUAGAUGCACCCAAAACCGUUGAAAGCGCUACAAUAAAACGCCUAUUCGCCACGCCCACUAGCACUGUUGGAAAUGUGCCCGUGGCACAGUGGAUCAACGAUACGGUGUACAUUUAUGGGAAUCACACUGUUGCCGGUACAACAGUUCUAGAAACGUUGAAUCUCUACAACGAUCUGCGAGUUAUAGGACCGGUAAAUGGUGUCUACUGGCAUCCUGAUGAGCUGCUCCUCAUCGAUCAGCCCCAGCAAAUUAAGGGCUCAUUACUGGUGGAAAAUACGUUGGCUGAGGAAAAUCGUAUACUGAGCCACAACAUUAAGGAGCUCUGGGUGGAUCAGAUCAAUGGACUGACUGUCAAUGAGCUGCUGGCAAACAAGGCGCACGAUCGACCCAAUCUUCAUGUCUCUGGUCAACUGAUAUUCACCAAGCCCCUCACCGUGGCCAAUUAUGAGCUGGGCGAUGUGCCUGCCACCACAAGUGGCAACAAGUGGAAACGUGACGCCAUCACAAACGCUGUCGAGGAUUUCCAGCAGCUGGGUCAACAAGUAGCUGCAGUACAAAAACGCCUUACAGAGCCAUCUUUUGUGCUGGAAAACUUUAAGCUACUACAGCAACUGAAUCUCAAUGCCAGUCACAUCGAGAUGCUGGACAAGGAUGAGUUGGCCAUCUGGCAUGAAAACAGCGAGGGAGAGAAACAAGUGGAUGUAUAUGAGUGGCAACAGCGGAAAGAACGCUUCAAAUACAAUCCAGGUCUGUCCAAAUUGUUGCUGCCCCAUGAGAAAUGGGCUGCAUCGAAACUGGAAGCGCGCUUUGGACAAUUUGGCGCUGACUGGACAAUAGUUAAUAAAUUGCAAUUGGAGUUGCUAGAUUGCCUGGCACUACAAAAAGAAUCUAAAGAACUGGUCAUUCACUGUCUGGGCAAUAACAGCAGCAAUGUCACUAUCAAACAACGAAUCGUAAUUCCAACUGGGCAUGUAAAACAGCUGUUGUCUGUUGGCAAUGAUAACAGUACACUUCUAGCGCUGCUUGGUCACAACACAGUGGAGUUUUGGCAAUGGAAUGGCAGCCAGUUCCAGUUCCAGCAACACCUACAACUAAUGCAAGCUGAGCAAAUAGCGCUGGCCAAGCACGAGAAUCAUCUCUACUUGGCAGUUCUUACUGCAGCACCAGCAACAGGCAUUCACAUCUACAGGUCCAACUGUAAAGAAUUGAUAGAUUUCCAACUCGAACAGUCCUUUGACUUAGAAGAGGCUGUGCAGCCGCGUCAGCUAAGUUUCCUGCAGCUGCCUCAGUCCCAGGAUCUGCUGCUGUGCGUUACCAAUGCCACGCCUGCACAAUCGCUGCGCCUUUAUCAGCAGCAGGGCGUCAAAGGCUUUCAACUGUUUCUGGGCGAUAGCAUCUUGCCCAGUUCCAAGUUUUUGAAAACACUUCAGUUGCCAGGGUUGCAGCACCAGUUGCUGGCAUUGGUCAAUGGAGAUGGCGUCUUUUUGGUGGCACCACAAUUCACAAGGCUCUAGGCCACAAAUGUUGCACAUUACACAUUGUUAAAAGUUGCGAGUUAUUUCUAAAUAAAAAUUACUUUUUAUUAGCGGCGUAAA